GCUAAAAAAUCAAUUUGUUCGGCUUUCAGUGUCGUUUUUUCGUCAAUAAAUAUUAAUAUCCGUACCUAAAUGUGAUAGAAAUGCUCGAGCCUGCAAUUAUUUUAUAUCCCACUCGUGUUGACAGCUUACAAAAUGCACAAAGUUUGUUGCAAAAUCAAUUAAUGAGCUCAAUUGUUUACCACAUCGACAUUUUAUCAGAUCAUAAAUUGGUUGUGAAAGAGAUGCUUUUGAAUAAUAAGCAACAAACAAAAGUUAUUUUUCGAUUGACUGAUGGAAACGGCUUGGAUUCAUGCCACGAAGGUCUGAGACAAAAAACGGAAAAGAAACUUUUGGAAGAAAUUAACUUUGCAAAAUUGAUCAGCAAAAAUCGCAUCACUUAUCUCUACAAAUUGUCUCACGGAAGUGGAUCUUUUACGAAUUUAUCACGAAUUCUCUAUGCACAGUCCACUCAAAGUCUCUUUUUGCUGGAAACCAAGCUGACUGACUGGCACUUGUGGAAUCAAGUGAGGGCCCAAGCUGACUAUUUACCAACUUUGGAGCUGGCUCUGGAAUUUACAACGAAAAUUCCUACAAAUGAAGAAAUUUCACGAUGGCUUGGAGAGCCCAUUCAUAGCUUAAUUAUCCCAAUUGAGAUGUUUUCCUACAACAUCGAGGCAGAAUAUCAAGAGCUCAGUUACGAACACCUACAGCUACUCAAUCGUUUUGUGAAGCGAGGCAUUACAACUGUCAUGCUAAAAGGCAACACGAAUGAUCCGGAAUCACUGAAGGAUCACUACAGCUCGUUACUGUUUUACAUCAACGAGAGCCUGUAUGCGAAGAAAAAUUGUUUGUUUUUCUACGAACAACUGAUGAUUCCGUUACAGCCUUUGUAUGAGAAUCUCAGCAACCGUACCUAUGAAACUUUUGAACGAGAUCCCGCCAAAUAUGCGAUUUACCAAAAGGCGAUUGAGAGUGCUCUGAUGGAUUUGAUUCCAGAAUCGAAUAUUGCGGUUCUUAUGAUUGUUGGAGCUGGCAGAGGACCGUUGGUGCGUGCUUGCAUAAAUGCUGGUGCCAGAACCAAGAGAAAGUUGAAGAUUUUUAUUGUGGAAAAGAAUCCGAGUGCAAUUAUCACAUUAAAUGCACUAAAACGAGAAAUUUGGUCAACGAGUGACAUCACUAUUUUUGCCGAGGAUAUGCGUGUUUUUAACCCACCGGAAAAGGCUGACAUUAUCGUAUCAGAGCUUCUUGGUUCCUUUGGAUGCAAUGAGCUUUCUCCAGAAUGCCUUGAUGGCGCACAAAAACAUCUGAAGCCCAGUGGUAUCUCAAUCCCAAUGUCGUAUACGUCCUACGUGAAUCCCAUCAUGUCCAGCAGAAUCUACGAGAAAAAUUUGAAACUUGAUCGGCUCUAUCAUCCACGUGACGAAUGUCGUGAAAUUCAAACUGAUUUCGAAUGCAACUACAUUGUUUGUCCCAAAAAUAUCUUUAAUAUUGCUGAUCCAAAGCCGUUGUUCACCUUUACUCAUCCAAACAACGAUCCCGUCAUCGACAACACUCGCUAUAAGACUGUUCAAUUCAAUGUUGGCGUGGAUGCCGUGUUGCAUGGCUUUCUAGGAUAUUUUGAGGCUUCUUUGUACAAGGAACAUAUGAUUAGUAUCCUGCCUGCAACCCAUACGGAAGGCAUGAUCUCGUGGCACUGCUAUUACUUUCCCAUAACAUUUCCGCAGCAAUUGAAAGCCGGACAGACUAUCGAGGCGAGCUUCUUUAGAUGUGUUUCAAAGAAUCAAGUUUGGUACGAAUGGUGUCUUACCAAACCGAAUGUUACUCAUAUUCAUAAUGCAGGUGGACGAAGUUUCCCCAUUUUCAAGUAAUGUCUCUCUAUUUUAAUGCCCUUGACAUUUUUAUUAUAUUAUUGAAAAAGUCAAUAAAUUUUGUGAAUUAAUUUUUUUGAA